AUGAUGGACUCUGUGAAGGUCGCGGUGACGGUGCUGCUGGCCGUGUCUUGGACGGCGGCCGCCGCCGCGCCCGGCGUGGUGGGCAUCGCGCCGGGCCUGCACCGCCGCCUGGACGGCGCCGGCUUCACCAGCCCGCAGGAGGACGACUUCUUCGCGGACUACAAGGACCUGGUGACGCCGCCCAAGGACCUGCUCGAGACGCCCAAGGACUUGUUGGAUACGCCGAAAGACCUGGUGGAGACGCCCGAGGACCUGGUGGAGACCCCCAAGGACCUGACAGACACGCCGAAGGACCUCCUCGACGAGGACCUCGAGGAGUACGCGCAGCACGGCAGCAGUGGCGCGCAGCAGGAGGAGGAAGUGGACUCGUCGCACCCCAACGACGACGACACGGCGGCGCACGACGAGAAGGCCGAGCUGAGCCUCGCCAAGCACCUCAAGGGCAUCGACGUCGAGGGCGGCUCGGACUACGACCACGACGCCCCCGCCAAGACGGAGUACCAAAGCCAGGAGGCCCCCGCCAAGACGGCGUUCUUGCCCAAGUCGCCGUUCAAGCAGGCGUCUCCCUACGACCAGGCGGAUGUGCGCUCUCCCUACGCGGCGGUGACCCCCGCCAAGACGACCUUCAAGACCUACCAGCCGAACAAGGCGGCCGCCCCAGUGAGGGAAUACCACACUGAUCCAUCUGCGUCGCUGCGGACCGGGUUCAGCGGAGGCCUGGGCCAUAGGGUGAGUACAACUCGUGAUGUUACUCAUGACGGGCAAGCGGUGCGGCCCGAGUACGCGUACCGCUACGGCGUCCACGACCCCACGACGCGCGACGUGAAGAGCGCCUGGGAGCAGCGCGACGGCGACGCCACACGCGGCGGGUACGCCGUGAUGGAGCCCGACGGGCACACCAGGGUGGUGGAGUACUCCGUCACCAAGAAGGGCGGCUUCAACGCGCGCGUCAAGCACCUGCCGCCCGGACACCACGGCCGCUGAGUAGCGCGAUGUCAUUUGUUAUUUAUGUUUAGUGUUAAAUCUUUAGAAAGUCCCAAGUCCCAGUUAACGGGAACAUCCUCGAUGGCGACUCUCUUUCCCCCAAACUAGUCAUAGACUUACUUGUUUUGAAGUAACUAACAGGCUGUAACCAAAAUGUUUUAAACCAAUGUUGUUUGUGA